CCACCCUGCGCUUAAUAUGCCACUAAUAUUUGGACUGAAUUAUUAUUACUAAUAAAAUAUAAAAAUAUUUAAUAAAAUGAGUGGAGUCCAUAGAGAAGCCAUACAAAAGCAAAUACAUCAAGACUGGGCAAAUCGGGAAUAUAUUGAAGUGAUCACAGCCAGUAUCAAAAGGAUAACAGAUUUUCUUAAUUCCUUUGAUAUGUCGUGCAGGUCCCGUUUGGCAGUUUUGAAUGAAAAAUUAACAAUUUUAGAACGACGUAUUGAUUAUUUGGAGGCUUGUGUUACGCAAGGUGAAACGCUGACAUAAACAUAUUUUCUGUUCUCUAAAUAAAUAUAAUUGCUUUUUAAAA